AUGACGAUGAACACGAACUGCAUCGACUGCAUGGAGGUGCAAAACCCGGGAAGGAUAAGCAUGGCCUUGGUCAAGCACUGUCAGUGGGCCGAGUCCGACGCCAGGUUCUUGAGGACGAUCUGCGCGAGCUCGAGGGAAGAGGCCGUCGUCGGCGACGACCCCGUCGUCGAUGGGUACGCGUGCCGGCAGAGGUUUCUGAGGAGCUACAAGUUUAGCCGGAAAGAGGAGACGGUGGCUCGGCGAACCAAGAGGUGGUGGAGGGUGAAGCGGAGCACCGCCACCGGGUCGUCGUCGAAGGAGGGGGACAGGAAGGAGAGGACAAGGGCAAGAAGGAGAAGAGCAAUGGCGACGGUUCUUAAUCGUUUGUCGACAGGUUGUCUUCAACCUUCCGUUUCCGUGCGCGGCUAA